AUGCCCGUAGGGCGAUCCAAAAGACUCCAUCCAUCCUCCAAUUCUACACCGUACAGUCAUGGCCAGCGGAGCCCUAAGCCGGCACGUCCGACCUAUUUGCAACGACCACAAACCGAUAUCCAAACAAAUCCCAAUCCCAAGUUGACUAUUUUCCGUAUCCCAAGAGAGAUCUUCGACGAGAUCGUGACCUACCUCCCUGCCCCAGCAAAGGUAUGCCUUUCUUUAAGCUGCACAGCCGCCGCGCACGCACUGGGACCCUGGACCACAACCUGGUUCCUCAGCCGGAUAACCCAGGUACACCAUAGAAACUUCGACAGGACGCUCUACGACCUUUUGCAGCGAGACCUUCCACAUCUUCAUUUCUGUCCUCGCUGCGAGAUACUACACCCGCCACUCAAACCGCCGCACGCCCAUCGCACGCCGAAAUUCGCGAAGUUAUGUCUUGGACAAGCAGCGUCAAUGGACUACUGGCCGCAGACUCCAGGGGGAUACAGCGUUGUUUUUCCUCAUAUCGAACGAGCUUUUCAAUCGAAACCCACUUCGCCAGAGAGUUCGCCAAUUGAUCUAUUCGCAAGCGAGUUCACCACCCAGCUUCGCUCGCUGGAUUAG